UCGUCCGUGCCUGCAACAGACGGAGCGAGCAGUGAAGCUGCUGCCUUCAGAAAAUGGCCGACAGAUUUUCUAGAUUCAACGAAGAACGUGAUUUUCAGGGUGGAAAUCACUUUGACCAGUAUGAAGAUGGCCAGGUGGAGCUUGAGCAGGCGUCCCUGGACAAGCCCAUCGAAUCGGUAAGGCAACACCUAUCAUCCCAUAUCGUUGGACCAGCUGUGUGAGUGGAUGAUUGGUCCAGGGAGGAAUUAAAACCACAUCAUUUGUACUGCUCAUUUAGAAGCAUUCAGUGUCCCUAUGAUUCCCUAACCAGUAGCAACACCUGUCUUGUUUCCAUUAAUAUUCCUCGAGUCCCCAAUGUCCUCUACCUGUAUCAUUUCUUGUGUUAGUUAAAAUACGAGCUACAAUGUUAGCGCUUCCUGUUUUUCUCUAUGCAUUGUAAAUAAAAACAUUUCUGUAAGUCUACCAUAAUUCAUUGUCACCUGUGCGCCAUUAGAGGGCACGGAAAGCAGCGAGUGGUUUAAGCACUGUCAACAAUCAUUUAUAUAUUUUUUGAGAGGCUUUUUACACACCACUGUAUCAAGCAAUUUCACCAGAUCAGAAGUAGAUACGGGUCUGUAAACAUGCCACAAUAUGACAUCUUUGUUGACAGAAGCACAUGUAAAACCCUGGUGUUUACUCAUGUUACUCAGUUAUUAUUACUUCCAUUUGUCUUUGUUUGGUUUAACCACAAGUGAUCUCACUACUGGUUCAAAAACAUUUUCCUAUUGUAAUAUGCGUGGAUGCUUCGAAGCUAUGUAAAUACCUCUUGGCAGUGCUUAUUCCACUCUUAUUUAGCAAGCAAGAGAGUGUAUAGUAAGAAAUUGUGAAUGGCAUCCUCUGUAUUUUGUGACUGAGUGAGCGAGUGAGUACGUGUAUGCAUUGAUAGCCUAGAAUAUGUCUCUGUGUAUAGGACAGUUAUCUUAUUGUACACAACUUGGGGUGUUCGACAUUUCUCUCCUGCAGCGAAUUGGCCCCUAUUAGCUAAGCAACAAUGACCCGGUUUGUAUUUGCACGCUCUGCUUUCUUACUCCUAUCUCUAGGGUCCUUGUAACGCUUUCUGACUGUCCUCUCUUUCUUUCUGUUCAAUUCUCAACUCUAAAUCUAUUCUUUACCUCAAUGUCUACCUUGCUCCCUUCCCUACUACACAGUUAUUCGGUGUACAGUACCCUCUGUCAUUCUGUGCUGGCAUGGUGCUUGUGCAACUGGGACUGCAUUUUUCGCUGAAAGAGGCACAUGAAUAAUAGCGCAGGCAGCUCUUUUUCUUUCCUGUCUAUUCUCUCUCUUUCACUUGCUGUCUCUGAAGCAUGAUGGUGAACAGGCCUAAAAAGAUCUCUUAGCAACACAAUGGUAACACAUUCAGAUAUGAUUUUCACUUUUUAAUUGCGAUAAUUACAUAGAAACUUUUUACUUUUUAUAAUUGGCCAACCUGAAGUGCAAUACAGCCAAUAUUUGAUAUUUUUAUCAAGUGAGAAAGCAAUGACCCACUAGUCAUUAUUAAGCCUUUAUUAUAAAUUUUGUAGAGUUUGCUUAAAAAGAAAAAUCUGUAAUGUCAAGUUGAUGGAUACAUAAGCAUGAGCAAAAAUAGGUUGAAUAAUAUUAUAAUUUACAUUUACUCCAAAAAUGUUGUGAUUCCCUGAUAUGUUAUUCAACUAGAUGGGCUUAGUGUCAUUAUCUCUCUGAUUCCAAACAUUGUGUUGGCGAAUAAGAGUCGUGCAAAAGAGAAGUGGCCUGCUUACCUUGCUCAAGUGGCUUUUUUACUCCUGCGCUAUUAUUUGUGGAGGGGCACUGAGCGCUGUGCUACGCCAGAUUAAAAAAAAGUUAUUUGCAUAUUGGAAUAGGUUAAUGGCCACAUCAGACUGGUCGCUGCAAGUCUGUCAACAGUGGUUUUACUUUGACCAGGUUGGCAGGAUAAGGUAAUUCAAAGUGGCAGUUGGCUGCUGCUCAUACUUGUUGGUCUAUGGCUCAGCCCAGCCUCUCAUAGCCCCUCCCCUGCCACUUGUUGUGUGUCAUUUAUAGGCAGUUAGAGAUCUGUGGAACUUUACUGGGAUCUUACUUUCUCCCUGUCUUACCCCUCUUGAGUCUUCACUCUCUCUCUCUCUUUCUCUCUAAUAUUGUUUUUUUGCAUUGCAUGUUUUAACUUGGUAGCAUUCAGUAUGGUUCACUCUCAACACUCAAAAACGUUUUCCUGAAAACUCAUUUCUCCUUCCCUUCUGUUUUAAACCAGAAGGCCCCUGUUAUCUACCCCACACCUUUUCCCUUUUCCGACUCACUUCGAGGGCGAUAUGCAGUGGGCAGCCUCAGAGCCACAGAAUUGCACCCAAUCCACUUUGUAAUCAAACUUUCUAGUGUCUUUUACAUUACAGCAGACGGGGUCAGCUAGUAUCUUCAGCCGUUCAGCUCUCAGUCAAGUCCACAGUUGAUGCAGUUUGGUGGAGGAAUUUAAAUCACUUUUACACUUCAAUGAGGCAUUCAAAUUGAAAUGCAUCCACUCCGAGUAAAGAUCUAGGCUUGCACUGGCACAACUUCUUUUAGCAGACCACACACACUAACACACACGGGCGCAUCCAUCCGUGGACAGGUGUUAGCUCACUUUGCUAAACUUCCAGUGGAAGAAAUUUGUCGUCCGUAUUAUGGGGUAAGUGUGCAUGUUAAAUAGCGUCUGUAAUCACUACUGUAUUCUCUUCCCCACAAUGAUUUUGAAAAUAGAAGUUCAAUUUGGUCAUCAACAAUAGAAUGUUUACCAAAAGACACCAUCACUCCCAUUAAAUGUAAACAGCUGACCUUCUGUUUUAGUGUCAAUCCUUUGGUUGUGUUCACAGUUGUUCACACCUCUAGCUGCUAGCGCUCAAAGGAAUUUACCAUAUCAGGAGUUAACAGAAAGCUGCCCACAGCAGACCUGUUAACAAAUACCAGAUGUUUAUCCUGGAGUUGUGGUGAUCAAUGGCAGCAGUUCAUUUUGCUUAACAAAUCCCUCAAGCUUCUGCAUCGCCUUCACAAAUACCUGUGCACAAAUUUGGGUGUCAACCAUGUUUUAGUCAAUGCUCGAGAAUCCACAUGGUCUUAAUAGUGGCCAGUUUGUUACAAUCUAAUUCUGCUUUUUUUGUAUUCAAUUUAUUCAAAUGAAGAUCUGUGAAGAUUUAGUAACUUUACAUGAACCUACCUUGUAGUGGUAAACAUAAUGCAACAACAAGUCACCCGGCAGUCAUCAAUAUAAAAGUCGCAAUCAUAAUCAUAAAAACUGUGUGACCCUGAACAUUUCUCAAAUAUGAAGCUGAUUCUUUGAGUUGCUACUUCUGAAAUCAUGUGUCAACGCGCCUAGUAAAAAAUAUUUCAGAACUAAAGAUGUGUGUAUGUAACAUCACAUGAUGGAUACGUGUUUUAACCUUCAGCUUUACUUUUUAACAUGACCAGUAUUUGUUGUCAGAUCCUCUUAGUUUUGAGCGACAAGUACAAUGUGUGGCAGGUUAUGGGAAGAUAUUUUCAUGAUCUGUCCAGCAAACAAACUAAAUCCAAAUAUAAAGGCUGGCUGAGGUCUCUAAGUGUGUUCCCCUGCAUAUCACCUCUAACACAAACUCUGUCACCAUUCACUAUGCUGAAACAAAGCACAGUGCACAUUCUUAGAGCCCUAUUUUGUUUGGUUAUUGUUUCGUAUUUCAGCCUUUACUCAAUUAACAGUCAGUUGGUGGAUUCAUUGACAUGCCUUCCAUUUCUGUUUUCUAUAAAACAAAAUUGUUUGUUUAUAAAAGACUAUAGAGAACCUAGCAGAUUUACAGUUGAAAGCGUCUGGCCGGUUUCUUACGUUGUGUCACGUGUGACUGUUUUUUUGACAGCCCAGUAUUUUAAAGCCAGGUUCGUAUGGAAAUGCCUUCACUCCACUUGCACUGCUGUUGGACUCGCCGUCUUUGCUUUCAUCCGUCUGUCUGUCUGUCUAUUCUUUUGGUGCACUCAUCUGUUGUUCAACAUGCAGCCUGCGCUUCAUCUCCGCCCUCAUAACUUGUGCUCAGCCCUUUGGAAAAAUAAACGUUUGGUGUGUCAGCAACUGAAGCUGGUGCCUUAACAAACUUGUAGUUUUGGUUUUGACUUAAGUAGGUGGGGAAAAUAUAGCUCUGUCUUUUCCUGAUUCUCACCGGGUAAACAUUGAUCGCGUCAUGUGAACAAUUUCUUUGUUAUACGCAGUUUUACUAUUUUGUCUUGUCCUGCUUUAUGUAGUAUAAAAUGUGCACUUGUAGAAUCCUGCUGCAGUCGGUGGUGGAACCAUGGCCGAUGUUGCAGGAUGGGCAAGUGUUUGCUGCAGUACACUGCAGUGUUUCCCUGCAGAGUAAGUUUAGAUUAUAUAGUGUUCCGACACACUUUUAAAAAUCUCAAUGUGCUGUACAAAGUCGAUUAAAGUCAACUGUUCAAACCUGUUAAAGAAGAACUUUUGUUGUUACCCCCUUGUGAGGUCCAAAUUCCUCCCUUAUCUUUUCCCAUAACAGGCAGUCACUCUCUGUACACACAAAGCGCACAUUCAUGGAAUGAUUUUGUCAGUGGUUAGUCGAUCGUGUGAAUUGCAAUAAAACACAACAUAUUUAUGAAGUUUGUUUGGGAUUAACAGUUGUUGCUGAAAAAGUCACUGUUAAAUCAAUUGAGUCCUAGUGGGCGGAGAUGUUGUGUGCUGUGUGUAUGACCACCACCUCCCUUCACUUGCAUUAACCCAUACAAGUCCAGAUCACCAGUACCUACCCACCUUAGAACCCAUGCCAUGGCUCAGCGUGCUCUGUUCUGCCCUCUGUCCUGACCUAUUCUUGGUAGUAAAAAAGCACAAAAAAGAAACAGACUUGAGUCUUGUUGAGCCAUCACUUCCUUCUCAGUGCCUGAUCCACUUGAAACUAACACAGCUGGAGUUCUAUUCUUCCACCCUCCACCUCAAUCCCGCCCUCUUUCUAUAUGUACCAUCAGCUGUGUGCUACUAACAGACAAGCCUUUUUGUUAAGUCCUUUAACAAAAAGAGUGCAUGCUGUUUCUGUUUUGUUUAAACUCCUUCACCUUUUGUUUGUGAAAGUUGAUGUCAGUUUCUUUGUGAUUAUAAAUAUGCCUUUGUUUGGUUUGUAUGAUUUCUGGUAGAAUGCAGCACCCUGGUGAAUGUUAGACCAGUCUGGAAUAGCAAUAAUAUUCACGACAGAAAUCACUUCUUACUAUCAAAAUUUCAUUGUUUGUUUAUUUGUGCUUGAGGAUGUACUGUAGUGUGUAGUGGUGGGGCAGUCUUGCAUUUCUGUGUUUUUGUUACUCUUGCUGACUCAUACUACAGAUAGACAAGCCGUUGAUGUGUAUAUAUAUUACUCCACGGAGUUUAAGAUUUCCUGUUGUGCAUGUUCAUACACUCCCCUUGUAUUUGGUUUUGUGAUUGUGGCAGUGAGACUAGAUAAGAUCAAAAUAAGUUUUCAGAUGUUCCUGAAACCAGUCCAGUUAUUUAGUUAAAAUGUGUCACAUUGUGGUCAGUAUUUUUAUUUAACAAAAUGCCUUAUGGUAUCAGAACGGGGAAAAAAAUCUGUCAAAAUGACCAAACAGAAACAGCAGUAAAUCUAUUGUUUAGUAACAUUCCCAAAUGGAAGUAAAAUGUAUUAAUCAUCCUUGCUGAAUGCUGAAGUUCUUUACAUGAUUAUCCAGUCCCUUAAGCCUGCUUAAGUUGCGGAAUACAUAGAAGGUUACGAAGUGCCCGGAAUUCAUGACAUUGGAAUUCUGUGCACAGCAUUACCUAUGGUCAGGAGAAUUCCAUUAUCAAUUAUUGACCAAAGAAUUCUGGAUGGAGUCCGAGAACAUGCACAACAGAUGAUUGUUUCUAACAGGGCUACACACACCCUACACUGUCUUCCUCUCUAUACAUCCCUUCCUGCACACGUGUAUGUUCGAUCUGGGCCUUGUAAUGGUAAUCCAAGGCCCAACAGCUCCACCUUUGUCUCUUUCUCCUGCUAUAUAUUUAAUUUCUUUGUGACAGAUGCAUUUUGUUUCAUGGUGCUCCCCUUGUCAUGGUUACGCUAUCACAGAAAGCUUGGAAUUUCUGGUCUUCAUUUUAUUAAUGCAUAGCUUUUUUUGUGUCACUUUCGUGUACUUAUCUGACUUAGUAGUGGUUCAUAUAUGUAUGUGUGAUACAUAUAUUUUCCUCUCCCUUCUAUCCUUCCAGUCGCUAAAUAUAACCAGACAUGUUUAAAAAAAUACUCAGAACAUUUACCAUUAUUAUGGCUUAAUUCACUACACGGCAGCUCCUCUCUACUAUAGUUAUAGUAAGUACAGUAAGUAGUAUAAGAGUUGCAUUCGACACAUAGCCACUGGUUAAACUAACGGCAGCCUUGUCUAUACCCUCCUCAACUCCAACUCCCUGUACUAUAGACACUGAUGUCACACUCUUCAUAGGUGAUUUGAAUGAUGAUGAUGAUGAUGAUGAUGAUGGUGGCGGUGGUGGAUGUGCUGCUUAUGAUAGCGUGAUCUGAGUGUUUUUGUUUUAGUUUGAUGUUUGUGUUCUGAUCCAUACCUGCAGGGGAAAAGCUCAUCUUAUUAUUGGAAUAUUUUGGUUUUUUUCUCCUUUUGUGUCUGUUAGGAUAACAUCGGGCACCGGCUACUUCAGAAACAUGGCUGGAAGUUGGGGCAAGGCCUUGGAAAAACCAUGCAGGGUAAGGUUUGUGGGAUCUCUUCCGUAUGCCAGUAUGUGUGUGUGCGGGUGUGUUUUCUUUCUCCUACUCGACAGUCAACCUCAAUGUAACACCCCUCCUUCUCCAGUGUACUGUAGGCUACCGGCCUCUAUCAGCUUUCUCCUCUUGCUUUAUAAUCACUUAACCUUUAUUUCAAUCUGCUCCAGAGUAAAGUGCCUCGAUCUCAGAACUAAAUUCAUUUGAAAUGAAGGUAGACAUCAGUUGUCCUGAUUUAAUCACAACUGUUAGAAUCAUGAAUAGAUUGUUUUUCUCUGAGUUUUCUGUGGCUGCUGCCGGGGAUCUGAUUGGCUGUAACCACAGUUCAGACUUUGAAUGGCUUGCAGAGUAGAUGUUCCCCCUCUGCUUGUUUGGCUGUUUCGACCUCCAAACCUGUGAAUCUUUUAUUUGAGUGUGUGGUUGUUGCCAUGACUGACGACGUGUCUGUAUGUUUGCUACUCACUGGGCCUUAUAGUGAACUUACAGGGAAAAACCUCACCACUUUCCGGCACCCUUCAUGUUACAUCCCCCAUGGGUGUGCGCCCUCAUCGUCCCCCAAUUUCUUUGACCCCCCCAUGUGUUUACGUUUGCCACAAUGAUGAAAACUCUAGCUUUAAGCAGUGUUGGAUAAAAUGUGUUUCUAAUGUGACCUGAGAAGUACACACUCCCAUUGGCAUGACCAUGCAGGGCACUGCUUAAAGUCCUUCUGUCCAUCUCCUCGAGCACACUUAGAUGUGUGUUCGCAGUUUUAUGUGCCAAGCCCAGUGCUGGAUUUGUGUUUCUGAGGAGAUGGAAGAGAUGUCAAUGAGGUCAAAUAAGUAGCUGGGGAAAGUGUCUGAGGCAAAAAGCUUAAAGGGGGAUAAUGGUGGUCAUCUCGAGAACAUGUGCCCUGUUGCUGAAACCCAAUAAUUUGACACACAACACAAUUUGUAGCUAUGCUAAUCUUAUUGCAUUAACCCCCCACUGCUAAUGGACAGAAACAGGUUGUCCUCAUCUAAUCUCUUAAGUCCAACCGGUCAAGUUGCAAGUUAUUCCAUACUCUGUUACCUGAGAGCGACAGAUUUCUUGGUUUAGCUGAGUCACUUAUUGCAAUGGGGCUAAGACUUAUGGGUUGUUUUGAGAUUGAGCAUAAUUAUGGCACUCAUUCCUUGUGUUUCAAGUCUGAGUCUUUUGCAUUUUUAAAAGCAAGAAGCACCAUGCUUUGCUGUUUUAAGAUAUUCGCUCGGCUUAACUGCCAAGUUUUCCUUAAAUGGUCUUCAUGACUAUAACCUGACUUUUUGAUGCUCCUUUAUUCUUAACAAUUUCCACUUCAAGUGAACACACAGUAGAGAGGACAUAUAAAAAAGUCAGGAAAUAUGAUAGAUGUUAUGAAGCUGUUGUGCAGCAACAGAAUGUUUAUCAUAAAAAUCCUGAUUGUGGGUCAAGGCUAAACACAGCUUUGAUAUAAUCUUGAUAGAGAGCAAGAGGACACCACUGGAACCCUGGGCACUGUGACAAGUGGUGUAGAGAGUGGUGAGAGUCAGUCCCUGUAAGCAGAGAGCCCCCGAGUGAAGGGAUGAGUGGGGUGUGGGUGGGGGGGUUGGCAGAUCAUUGCCUCUCAGGUAAUAACCCCCCUGACCCAAUUCCACCGCCACACUCCUAACCCCACCCUCCCUUCUCUAUGUGCCUCAAUCUUCCUGCUUAACCAAUUGGUGUUUCUUUUUUACAGCGAUUUGAUCCUGCCCAUGUUGUGCUGAUGGUAAACUUAGUGGUAAAUGUUACUUUAUCCCCCAAUUGAAUUGUUGAUUUUAUUUUAUUUAUUUUUCCCAGUUUUGUUUUCCUGUCAUCACAGCACCAAUGCUCCAUAGGCUUUUUCAAUUCUCUCUGUAUUAGUCCUCAUUCUGCUGCUUGAAUAUUAUCAUGCGUAUGUAUUACUCUUAGAACAUUGUCAUUUUGUUUGUUUUCAGUUUUUUUUUUUUAUACCUUGUGAUUCGCACCCUGUGAUUUAGAUGCACAUUGUUUUGUCUCGUCCCUUUCUUUUCCACUGGAAUGGGUAACGUGGAAGUAUUGUCACUGUGUUUAAAGAUUGGUGCUAGGUUUGGGAUUUAAUUGUUCAUUAAUCUUCAAUUCUUAGCCUGACUUGUGACUCCAUUUCAAUCGACCACUGCAGUGGGCACACAGACAAUCCUGUUUCGAAGUCUUAGUCUUUUUAAUCAAAGCACACAAAUCAUCCUUCCCUUGGUGGACGACAUGCUUGCACAUGCAUUCACAGUGCGUUCCAUACUUUGUGAAAAGGCUGAACCCAGCCAUCACACUGCAGUGGCACCAAGAGUCCAGAAAGGCUGUUCUUUGUUAUGAUGCCCAUGCAUCUAUGAUUUCAGAAUUAAUAUGUCAUUGGGCUUUGGCUAUUUUUUGGAUUAAAUAAAGCAAUAGCAAGAAACAAAUGUAAGAAAAAUCCAAACACAUUUGUUUUGACUCCCACAACCAACGUGACUCUUUAAUUUCCGUCCUUAUUAUAUUUGAUAGCAAGAAAUCUCUUUUUAAAAAGCACCAUGAUUGAUUUCCGUUUGCUUGAAUAAAUGGGAGCGGCACUUGAUGUGUUUGCAUUUUUAUCUAAAACGUAGUGUCAAAUGCAACAAUGUAUAUUGUUCAGCAAAGAACUGCGCAUCCACCCUAUAAGCCCAAUGGUAUACGAGUGAAUUUAAUUCGUGAACAAACUUGAAAAUGUGUGGGCGAGGAGAAAAAAAAAACUGAAACCAAACUGAAUUGAUAAUCACUAUCAGUAAGUAAGUGUCCGGCUGGCAGCAGGAGCAGCAGAGUAGUCCAAAUUCUUUUUAUGCCUUUUGUUAUAAGACUCCCCUGUCUAUCUCUGUGUGUCCACCCCUCCCACUACUCAUACCCAUGUUGUACCAGGUAAGUAUUUUCCUUGCACUGUCACCAUGGCAUUACAUGGCCUGUGACGUCACUAUGCUGUAGUUCAAUGCUUGUGUCCUUUCGAAUUUUAUUUGACUCUGUCUUUCUCUCUGCUUUGUUUGGCUGAUUAUGAGUGAAUUAAGCAACUUUGUGUCGAUCUCCAAAACAAAUUUUAUUUCUUGUAUAUUUUAAAUGUUUCAUUUCCCCCCUCUUUUUUUUUUUUGUUUUCUCCGUCUGGUUUGUUUACUGUUAAUUUCAUUCUGAUCCAGCUCUUUUCACAGCUUACGUUAGGGAUAGGAUUGAGGGGGGCAGGGGAGAUGGGUGGUCAGAUCUGGCAGAACUGGUCCAAAACGGACAGCGAGUCAGAAGACAUGAUGCCAUGGGUCUUAAAUGAAGGUCGCUAGGUUUUGUCGUCGUGGACGAUGUUGCAGUGAGCCAGCUGGGUUAGCCAGCUGCACCCCCUCCAGCACACACAAGCUGCAGUGACCUUAAUAAACAUGUCCCUCUGGUUUGACAGCAUUGCAGUGGUAAACUCAGUAUCACAAAUCAGACCAUUUUCUUACUGUGAUUUUGCUAAUCCUUCUCUUAAUAUCUUAUUCGUAUCAACCAUGACUUAGCAGGGACUUCCAUGUGAUAGUCAGUAAAAACGACGUUGGCAGCUUGAGUAAGCUGUGAGAAUGGCUGGUGUUUGGUUCACUGUAGCUUUCUGGUCUCUUUGCACUCAAAGGCAAUUUCUCUAACCCCAGCACCCUAUGCUCUAAAAGCAGGCUGUCUCCGAGUUGGACAAACUUCCCCGCUGCCACAUCUCACCUUUUUGUCUGUCUGUCUGUUUUGUCGCAGGACGCACGGACCCUGUGCCCAUCAUCCUUAAGUAUGAUGUCAUGGGAAUGGGAAGAAUGGAAAUGGAGCUGGACUAUGCAGAGGACGCCACAGAGAAAAGACGAGUGCUGGAAGUGGAGAAGGAGGACACAGAGGAGCUUCGGCAAAAAUAUAAGGACCAGGUGGAAAAGGAGAAAGCCAUCGCAAAGGCUCUGGAAGACCUGAGGGCCAAUUUCUACUGUGAGCUAUGUGACAAGCAGUACACCAAACACCAGGAAUUUGACAACCACAUCAACUCUUACGAUCAUGCGCACAAGCAGAGACUCAAAGAGCUGAAGCAGAGAGAGUUCGCUCGGAAUGUUUCGUCACGAUCCCGUAAAGGUGGAAAGAAGCAAGAUAAAAUGCUGCGCAGAUUGCAUGAGCUGGCGGAGCAACGAAAACAACAGCCCAGCACACCAGGAAGUGGGCCAAUGUUCAAAACCACUACGGUGUCAUUGGAUGGUGAAAAGAUGGAAGAUGGCGACAACCCGUCGUCAGAGGGAGCCCCAAUGACAGAUGGUGUCCUGGAAGGAUCACAAGUGGAGAAACCGAAACAAGCCUCCCCAAAGCCGAGUCCUGCCAUUAGCUUCUCCAUGGGGAAGAACAGUGCCUCGUCACCGACUCUCGUCGGCUCCUCCAAAGUCAGCGUGUCGUUCUCUUUUGCCAAGAAAACCCCGGUUAAGCUGGAGACAGCAGCUGCGGUGUUCACAGAUCAUGGGGAAGUGGUUGAGGAAGAGGACGGCCAGGAAGGAGAAAAGCUCCAAGUGCAGGAGGAGACGUCUGCUUUUAGCAACGACAGUCCGAAAGAAGUGUCAGGUGGCAGCGAGGCCGUCGAGGUCAGCUGCACGGCGGGAACUGAGGACACACCAUCGGCUGAUGAUGGAAGUUCUCUUGCCUGUACACUGAGCAAACUGAAGAUGAUGAUGAUGAGGAAGGAGGAAGGACCUGCUGGCCUGGAUCAACAGUACUACCACUAUAUACCGCCGGCACACUGCAGAGUCAAACCUCAUUUCCAGUUCUUGCUGUUCAUGAAGGCCAGUGACCAGGGUCAGAGCAAAGAGGAGGAAGAGGAUGUAGUGCAGGAGGAGAAGAAAAUGGAGGAGGAGUCCAAACCAGUGGACCCAAAGACUCAGGACUGUAAAACAGAGCAGGAUGAAGCUGAGAAUGUGACCGCCAACCCUGAAAAAAAUCUCCCCUCACCUCAAAUAAAGACAGAUGGUGACUCUCUGUGUGCAGGUGAGCUAUCCACCGCCGUUCAAGACUCCCCUAAACCGACACAGAAAACACCUGAAGCUCAAGACUUAGCUCAAGACUCCAACCCUGGUCCUAAGAUUCCAACAGGCCCCUUUUUCCCAGUACUGAGCAAAGAUGAGAGCACAACCCUGCAGUGGCCCUCGGAACUCCUUGAAUUCACCAAAGCUGAGCCAUCUUUAUCUUACAGUUGUAACCCUCUGUAUUUUGACUUCAAGCUGUCCCGAAACAAAGGAAGGGGGUCCAAGCCUCCCAAAUCCCCUAAAUCCAACAUGGAGUCGGAAGGGAAGGAUCAGGAGGUGAUAAAAGUUAAAGAAGAACCGACGACUGCGCCUGAUGAAGACAAAGAAAAAUCGGUGACAAAUGAAGAGUCUGGUCAACCAGAAGCUGCUGAAGCACAGGCUGCCGUAAGCAACAGUGAUGGCAAGAAAAAGAAGAAGAAGAAGAAGCAUAAGAAGUCUGCAAAGCACUCAAAAAGAAAAGCCAAAGAAAAGGUGGCAGGAGAGGAUGCGACUGGAGAUGCUGAUCAAGUGCAAAACAAGCCAAAAAAGAAGAAAAAGCACAAGCGGAAAAAGAGUAAAAACAAGGCCCCUAAUCCAGAAGAAGGGACUGGCGACGAAAAAGAGAAAUCCAAACCAAAGUCAGAGGAGAAGGUUGUUGCUGUGGAGCUUGCAGCAGGACCGGCCGCCACAGCAGUUAAAACAGGGAUGGAGUCGGGAAAACGAAAGCGUGCCAAUAAAGAUUCAGCCCCCAAGUCUGGAGAGGUGGGUGCCACAGGUCCCGUCAAAGAGAGGAACAACUCCAGCGAACCUCAGGCGAGCAGCAAGAGACAGAAGACUGAUUCUGGUGCCUCCCAAAGUGCCUCCUGCUCCACAUCCGCCCAGAAGAGUCCCGGUCCUGGUCGGCCGCCGAGUAGUGAGAGCGAAGAAGAAGGCGGCUCCAGUACUCGACAUUCGCGGCAUCGCAGAUCAAGUCCGAGAGAACAGCGGCGCCACCACAGCGAGGACUCGGGGCGCUCGUGCAGCCAUUCGUCCAGACGAGGGGAUAAAAGGGGAAGCAGUCGGCGACGGCACCAUCGCAGUAAAAACUCCCGAAGUCGGUCGUACUCCAGCAGUUCCGACCGCUCCUCGGCCGCCAGCAGCGCCUACAGCCGCCGCAGUCGCAGCCGCAGCUACUCGGACAGCUACAGCGACUACAGCACCGAAGGCCACCGACACUCCAAACGCUCCUCAGACUCCGAGUACGAGAGAAGGGGAAGCCGGCGGUCACGCCGGCGUCAGUAUUCCUCUUCUACCUCUGAAGACUCUCGCUCGAGGUCACGGAGCUACAGCCGCAGAAAGCGCCAUCGCAGGCACCACAGGAGCAGCUCAAGAAGCUCCAGCAGCUGGAGCCGCAGCCGCAGCACCAGCGCCAGAUCCUGGAGACACAGCUACAGCCGCAGCCACAGCUCUGCCAGCCGCUCCUCCAGUUCGGCCAAAGGCUCCCCUCACAGACGCACCCCAAGAAGCCGAGCGGACAGCGACACACACCGGAGAGACUUCAACCGCUCUCGCAUCUAUCGCUCUCAGUCGCCGCGCGCCUCGUCAUCGCGAGCUCUCAACCGUAACGCCUCCGGUUCACAGGGCUGCCGGACUGGAGGGUCCCGGGAUGCUGGGGAGCAGAAGAAUAUGCUGACCGCUCGCCAGCUUUUGGAGAGGGUUCAGUCCAAAAAGAGCUCAGACGAUGUGGCCACUGGUGCAAAGUCCGGAAACAAGAUAAAGGAUCCUCCGCAGGGAUAUUUUGGACCCAAGUUACCCCCUGCCCUGGGAAACAAAAGCAUGCUCCCGCUCUUCGGGAAGCUUCAGGCAGGAAAGAAACCCAUCAUCCCACUGACUCGGCCGACUGACGGCGACAGUUUGGGAACAGGGAAGGACUCGGAAGGUGAGAAGGAGAUCAUUCUGGUGGAGCCUAUCAGAGAGUUCCCUCCCCCUCCUCCUCCACCAGCACCUGUUGUCCAAAAGGUAGAGGAGGUCCGUGCAGAGGGGCAAGAGGAGACACAGGCCGUCUCAGAAGGCCAGGUCCUGCAGGACCCCCAGCCUGUGUACGAUCAGGAGCAGGCAGUGAUGAUCCCCCAGUAUCAAGGGGAGUCUGGGCCUGACCCUUUACAGAACCCCAUGAUGGAGUCUCUCCUGCCAGACAUGCAGCAAGCAGCUUCCAUCCAUGCGUAUGCCACUUAUCCCCCACCCAGCCUGGACGAGGACGGCAUGGAGGCGGAGGAGGACGGCCUGGCUCCUCUGGAGAGUCAGCCCAUCACCUUCACACCGGAGGAGAUGGAGAAGUACAGCAAGCUCCAGCAGGCCGCCCAGCAGCACAUCCAGCAGCAGCUCUUGGCCAAGCAGGUGAAGACGUUCCCGAGCGCGGCUGCAGCCGCAGCGGCCGCAGCUGCCGCCGCUAACCUGGCCCCCGCCCCGCCCCAGCCAGCCCUGCAGCAGAUUCACAUUCAGCAGCCCACAGUGUCGGUGGCCUCUGGCUCGUCCUUGACCACAGUCCAGCACGCCAUCCUGCAGCACCACGCUGCCACGGCAGCAGCCAUGGGCAUCCACCCCGCGCAUCCCCAUCACGCUCACCCUGCUCACGCGCAACUGGCCCAGGUCCACCACAUUCCUCAGCAUCACCUCACACCCAUCUCCCUCUCGCCCUUGGGCCACUCUCUGGGACAUUCUCUGGGACACUCUCUCGGGCACGCAGGGCUGAUCCCGGCCCAUCCCACAGCGUUCCUCUCAGGGCAGCCUAUCCACAUCAUCCCGGCGUCCGCGCUUCACCACACACCCCUGGCCCUCCACCACGUCCCUCACGCUGCCCUCUACCCCACGCUCUUCACCCCUCGACCCUCACAGGCCGCCGCUGCUGCCGCUCUCCAGCUGCACCCGCUGCUACACCCCAUCUUCUCAGGACAGGACCUCCAGCACCCGCCAAACCACGGCUCCUGAGGGCCACAAAAAUGAAGUGAACUCAACUCUUGCCAUCAGUGCGGCGAGCUGUUUCCCGGGUCGGGCGCAGAGAGGAGAUGUGCUCUGCAGCUCUGACUGAUGAACAAGGACUUACACACAAGCUCACGUCGAUGCUCAUGAAACCAGUCUGCUACUGCUGGACUUAACCUCUUCCUCGUUUCUUUCUAAAAUAUUUACACCACGUUUGCAGCCAAAGGGGCUGAAGCCAUAACCAGUCUCACACAUGUCGCUGCGCCUCUUUAACCUUUCAUACCAACUAAUGUUUCUAAUCGCAACUUCUUUCUUUGUAUUGGUCAUGAAUCAAUUUGUAAUGCUGUGGCUUGUACAUAUGUAAUGUGAAGAAUCGGUGGCAACCCUGAGUUUGUGGCUCCUAAGAUACUUUGAGGUUCGACAGCAUCGCUGCUCUGAGGCAAAGCUCUUGUUCCCUCAUGAGGGCACUACUUGCACUGACUUCUGUAAAAUAUGACGAUGCCUUCGGCAUUGUGUAACAAAAAGAUUGUUGUAUACUGCAAUAAUUGUAUUUUUCUGUUUUUAAAUUAUUCCCCCCAAAUGCUCCUUCAAGUGAGGGCUUUUGCUUUUUUGUGUAAUUUUGUAAAUAAACCUGCUGUAGAUUAAUGUAAUAACACUUCUAGAGGUUUGACAUCACUAUGGCUGAAGAGAAGAUGAGGAAGACGCAGCAAGAAACACCUCUUUUUCAAGUUGUUUCUGAAAGCUGUGUUGGAGGAGACGAGCUGGGAGGCACUGGUGCGUGUUUGUUCAACGGUAGCGACUCUGUAUUUUGUAAAAUGUGUUUCGGCCAAUAAAAAUGAGUUGAUAAUGA